AUGAGACCGAUAUGUCUUCGUGGCCACGAACGUCCAAUUACUCAAAUAAUUUAUAACAAGGAUGGUGAUCUUAUCUUUACUGCCGCCAAAAAUGAAAUACUAAAUGUCUGGUUUAGCCAAAACGGUGAAAGAUUGGGUUCUUUUAACGGCCAUGAUGGCGUAGUAUGGAGUAUUGAUGUUGAUUGGACUUCUACUCGACUAAUAUCUGGUUCUGGUGAUUAUACGAUGAAGCUUUGGGAUGUUUCUAAUGGCAAGAAAAUUAAUGACUUAUCCCUGGAGGCAUCGGUUCGUGUUUGUAAGUUCUCAUACUCUGGAAAUCUCAUCUUGUUCGCUGUUGAACCAUUUAAAAAUGCCAAUGGUGAAAUUAGAGUCAUUGAUACGCGUGAGAAGAAUCAGAUGAAUGGUAGCAAAUCCCUCUUUAAUCUUCCGGGCACCGAAAGAAGGCGGAUCGUUGCUGGUAUUUGGGGUGAUUUGGAAGACAAUUUUAUCGUUGGAAAGGAUAACGGAAUUCUCGAAGUUAUCGAACUGAGAAAGGAAGGGUCUGUUAAGAAGAUUGAAGCACAUAAAAAGAAUAUCACUGAUAUUCAAAAGCAUGUUGAUGGAACAAUGUUCCUUACUGCUUCGAAAGACCACACGGCCAAGCUCUUUGGUAUCUACGAUUUCGAUUGUGUUCGAACCUACACGGGUGAACGUCCUGUAAAUUCAGCCGCGAUGUCUCCGAAUCGACCUCACGUCCUUCUCGGAGGUGGCCAAGAAGCGGAUGAAGUCACAACUACUGCGGGGGCAGCUGGAAAGUUUGACGCUAAAUUCUUCCACAUGAUCUACGGUGAGGAGUUUGGAACCGUCAAAGGUCAUUUCGGGCCCAUUAACUCUGUUGCCUUCAAUCCCGAUGGUAGUGGAUUUGCAACUGGUGGUGAGGAUGGUUACGUUCGUCUGCAUAAAUUCGAUCCUGAUUAUGAUGAAGUUGAACAACGCCUCUUCACCAUCCCUUCGGUGGCUGUUAAAGCUUAA